AAUAAAAUCCCCCAAACGGCCCCACUUCCGGUAGAACAAGACAAAACAGACCGGGACGCAACGGGCAGAGGAGGACGUUCGAUUCACGUCGACGAGUUCAGGGUGCAAUUGUUUCAGGGAAAGGUGGUCAUCGAAAAGACCGCGAGGACACCUGCAGACCGACAGAGAGACACCGGUGAGACAUGGUGAAGAUCAGCUUCCAGUCCAUCACGGGACAGAAAGUGGAGAACGAUGGCGACAAGACGGAGAUCCUCAUCCCUCAUCCGGAUGAUGACGAGCUGGUCCAGCGGCCCAAAAAGUCUCCCCUGAAUGGCCUGUGCUGCCUGACGUUCGGCCUGGUGGUGUUCAUGGCCGGCCUGGUCCUAGCCUCCAUUUAUGUCUACCGCUACUACUUUAUACCUCAUAUCCCGGAGGAGAACCUGUUCCACUGCAGGGUGCUUUACGAGGACUCUGCGUACGCUCCUCUGCGCGGGCGGCAGGAGCUGGAGGAAAAUGUCGGCAUCUACUUGGGCGACAACUACGAGAAGAUCACCGUGCCGGUGCCUCACUUCGGGGGCAGCGACCCGGCCGAUAUAAUCCAUGACUUCCACAGAGGACUUACAGCCUACCACGACAUCGCCCUGGACAAGUGCUACGUCAUCGAGCUCAACACCACCAUCGUGAUGCCUCCGCGCAACCUCCUGGAGCUCCUCAUCAACGUGAAGAAGGGAACCUACUUGCCUCAGACCUACAUCAUCCACGAGGAGAUGGUGGUGACGGGCAGGGUGCACAACAUGCGUCAGCUGGGGCCCUUCAUCUACCGCCUGUGCAAUGGGAAGGACACGUACCGCCUGAACCGCCGCGUCACCCGCAGACGCAUCAACAAGCGCGAGGCGAAGGACUGCCACCACAUCCGCCACUUCGAGAACACCUUCGUGGUGGAGACUGUUAUAUGCGAUGGAGCGUAAACGCCUCCCCCCCCCCCCCCCUGUAGCGUCCCCC